UUUGCUUCGUCUCCAGAGAAAAAGCAAAAGAUGGAGUCAUCAUCAUCAUCUGUGUCGCAGAAGCUCACUCUUGUUUAUGCUUCUCUCCUCGGAGCUGGUGGGUUGAUGGGUUUCCUAAAACGCGGAAGCAAAAUAUCACUAGUCGCAGGAGGAGGAUCAGCUGCGUUGUUCUAUUACGUAGCCACGGAGCUCCCAAAGAAUCCAGUCUUAGCAUCGUCCAUUGGCAUAGUGGGGUCGGCUGCACUUACAGGGAUGAUGGGAUCACGUUACCUAAGGUCGAGGAAAGUGGUCCCGGCCGGAGUUGUGUCGGUGGUGUCACUCAUGAUGACUGGAGCUUACUUGCAUGGCCUCAUCCGCUCAAGUUGAAUCCUCUCUCUCUCUCGGCCAUCUUCCCCUUAGAGACCUAUGUCCCAAUCUUGUUAAAAGUUCUUAUUAAGUGAGCAUUUCAAAAUUUCUGAAUAUCUUUGUACUAAUUGCUUUGUGGUGUUGUUGUUUGUUUUGUCCUCGUGUAAUUUUAAGAUACUUAGAUGAGAUGAUUAUGGGUUGGUCGGUAACUAAGCUACAUCAAAGUGAGAAUUUCAACAUCUACUUAUUAUCACUA